CAAGAAUUUCCUUCCCAAUCAUGUCAGUUAAUGAUGAUAUGCCAAGAGACUCUCACAAAGCCUCCUUCUCCUUCCUUAACCACCUUGCGAGGCUUCAGUUGAGCCGCUAUGAGUCCAGGAAACGCCAGGAUAGGAACACUUUUAUACAGUACCUGAAGAACCAGAGUGUCCAUGGUCUUGGUUGCUCAGAUAUCAGAUGAAGUAAUGAAGGUAGUGCUGAAUUUAAGCCUCUGAAUUCGCUUAUGGUUUGUUUUGUGAAACUCAGUUUGAAAUUUAUAAUUAUUUGUUAUGUGAUCUCUACCAACUACUAAAUAUUGAGGACAUAUUUUUAAGUAAAUUUUGAUGUCACGA